CGAAUUUUUUUUCACUUCCACUCCAAAUGGAGAACCACCACCAAGGAGGAUUUUCCGGCAGCGGUGGCGGCAAGAAACCGGAGGAGGAGAAAGAGGUGAAGAAAUCAGUGCCAAUGGUGAGGCUGUUCUGGUUUGCGGACGGUUGGGACUGGGUUCUGAUGGCGGCGGGAUGGGUUGGGGCCUGUGUGCAUGGCGCCUCUGUGCCCGUCUUCUUCAUCUUCUUCGCCAAAAUUAUUGAAGUUAUUGGGGAGGCUUUUCUUUUCCCCGCUGAAGCUUCUCAUAAAGUUGCUAAGUACUCUUUGGAUUUUGUUUACUUAAGUGCGGUCAUUCUUUUUUCCUCAUGGACUGAGGUGGCAUGUUGGAUGCACACGGGAGAAAGGCAAGCGGGGAAGAUGAGAAUGGCAUAUUUGAGGAGUAUGCUGAAUCAAGAGAUCAGUGUUUUUGACACUACUGAAGCUUCCACUGGAAAAGUCAUUUCUGCCAUUACCACUGAAAUUAUUGUGGUUCAAGAUGCCAUCUCCCAAAAAGUGGGGAAUUUCUUGCACUACAUGAGCAGGUUCAUAGCCGGAUUCACAAUAGGGUUCAUAAGGCUGUGGCAAAUCAGCCUCGUCACCCUCUCCAUUGUCCCACUCAUAGCCCUCGCCGGCGGUGUUUACGCCUUCGUCGUCACCGGCCUAAUCGCCAGAGUUCGCAAAUCUUACGUCAAAGCCGGUGAAAUCGCCCAAGAGGUGGUUGCUAAUGUCAGAACAGUGCAAGCAUUUACGGGUGAAGAGAAGGCGGUGAAAUCAUACAGGGAAGCAUUACUGAAGACAUACAAAUAUGGGAAGAAGGCAGGACUGGCCAGAGGGCUUGGACUGGGCACCUUGCAUUGUGUCCUAUUCCUUUCUUGGUCAUUGCUUGUGUGGUUCACUAGCAUAGUUGUCCACAAGAACAUCGGGAAUGGAGGAGAUUCUUUCACCACCAUGCUUAAUGUUGUUAUUGCUGGCUUGUCACUGGGGCAGGCAGCGCCGGACGUUACAGCUUUUAUCCGCGCAAAGGCUGCUGCUUAUCCUAUUUUUGAGAUGAUUGAGAGAAAUGCAGCCAAUAAAGCCGGCUCAAAAAGUGGAAAGAAACUGAACAAAUUGGAUGGACACAUCCAAUUCGUGGACGUCUCUUUUAGCUACCCAUCUCGUCCUGAUCUGUUGGUCUUUAACAAACUGUGUAUUGAUAUUUCCCCUGGAAAGAUUGUAGCAUUGGUAGGAGGGAGCGGCUCGGGGAAGAGCACAGUUGUGUCUUUGAUUGAACGCUUCUAUGAGCCCAAUUCCGGCCAGAUAUUACUGGACGGAACUGACAGCAGGGAGCUUGACCUCAAGUGGCUUAGACUGAAAAUUGGGUUGGUUAAUCAAGAGCCCGCCCUUUUUGCAACAACCAUAAAGGAGAACAUUCUCUAUGGAAAAGAUGAUGCUACCCUUGAAGAUAUUACACAAGCUGCAAAACUCUCAGGGGCAAUCACCUUCAUCAACAACCUCCCUGAUGGGUUCGAAACUCAGGUGGGUGAGAGAGGGGUGCAAUUAUCGGGCGGACAGAAGCAGAGAAUUGCAAUUUCUCGUGCAAUUUUAAAAAAUCCUUCAAUACUUUUGUUAGAUGAAGCUACAAGUGCACUUGAUGCUGAGUCUGAAAAGAGUGUGCAAGAGGCCCUUGAUCGUGUGAUGGUGGGGCGGACCACUGUAAUAGUUGCUCACCGUCUCUCGACUAUUAGAAAUGCUGACACCAUUGCUGUUAUCCAAAGUGGGAAAAUUGUAGAAAGUGGAAGCCAUGAGGAGCUCAUCUUGAAACCAAAUGGGGCAUAUGUAUCUCUUGUUCACCUCCAAGAGGCAGCUUCUUUGUGUCUCCUUCCAUCUCAUGGGUCUAAUAUGGGACAACCUCUAAGGUAUUCCCAUGAAGGAAGUAUGAGAUAUUCCCGUGAAUUAUCCCGGACAACAUCAAGAAGUAUUGGUGCUAGUUUUCGUUCCAAUAAAUCACAUAGUAAAUUUGGCGAUGAUGGUGGAGAGGACGAUAAGCCAUUUCCUGUUCCUUCAAAGAGAUUGUUGACUAUGGUUGGCCCAGACUGGUAUUAUGGAGUUAUCGGGACAAUUUGUUUAUUUAUUGCCGGAGCUCAGAUGCCACUCUUUGCUCUUGGUGUAACUCAGGCACUCGUAUCUUACUACAUGGACUGGGACACAACAUGCAGAGAAGUAAAAAAGAUUUGCUUACUUUUUUGUGGAGGUGCAUUUUUAACUGUCGUUGUUCAUGCCAUUGCCCAUUGUUGCUUUGGGAUCAUUGGGGAGCGGCUCACACUUCGUGUGCGGGAGUUGAUGUUUUCUGCAAUGCUAAGAAAUGAGAUUGGAUGGUUUGAUGCCAUGGACAACACGAGUUCUAUACUUGCUUCACGCUUAGAAAGUGAUGCAACUCUUCUGCGAACUGUAAUCGUUGAUAGCUCCAGUAUUCUUUUACAAAAUAUAGGCUUGGUGGUCACGUCAUUCGUCAUCGCGUUUAUCUUGAAUUGGAGGCUAACCCUUGUUGUCAUGGCAAUGUAUCCUCUUAUCGUCUGUGGCCACAUCAGCGAGAAGCUAUUUAUGAAGGGCUUUGGGGGUGACUUGAGUAAAGCAUAUCUAAAAGCAAAUAUGUUUGCUGGUGAGGCCGUUAAUAAUAUCCGAACUGUUGCAGCUUUCUGUUCGGAGGAGAAGGUGCUUGAUCUAUAUGCUCAUGAACUUGUAGAACCAUCAAAGCGUUCAUUUUAUCGUGGUCAGGUCGCUGGGAUAUUUUAUGGAGUCUCUCAGUUCUUUAUCUUCUCAUCAUAUGCUCUUGCUUUAUGGUAUGGUUCUGUUUUGAUGGGAAAGGAGAUUUCUAGCUUUCAAUCUGUCAUGAAGUCAUUUAUGGUUCUGAUAGUCACAGCAUUGGCCAUGGGAGAGACCCUCGCAAUGGCACCAGACCUCAUAAAAGGAAACCAAAUGGUAGCAUCUGUAUUUGAAAUACUUGAUCGCAAGACCGAGAUUCCCAGUGAUGUAGGGGAAGAGUUAACAAAGGUAGAAGGUACAGUCGAGCUCAAGGACGUGGAGUUCAGCUACCCCUCACGGCCCGAUGCUCUGAUUUUCAAGGAGUUCAACAUGAGAGUGCGACCAGGCCAAAGCAUGGCCUUAGUAGGGCAGAGUGGUUCUGGUAAAAGCACAGUCAUUUCCCUCAUAUUGAGGUUCUAUGAUCCAACAUCAGGGAAAGUGAUGAUUGAUGGUAAAGACAUCAAGAAACUAAAGCUCAAGUCUCUGAGGAAGCACAUAGGCUUGGUCCAGCAAGAACCGGCGCUGUUUGCCACAACAAUCUAUGAAAACAUAGGGUAUGGGAAAGAGGGAGCAUCCGAAGCAGAAGUGAUUGAAGCAGCAAAGGUGGCCAAUGCCCAUAGUUUCAUUAGCGCCCUCCCGGAGGGCUAUUCAACCAAGGUUGGAGAGCGAGGCGUGCAGCUUUCUGGAGGCCAGAAGCAGAGAGUGGCCAUAGCCCGAGCUGUCCUAAAGAACCCUGAAAUCUUACUCUUGGAUGAAGCCACCAGCGCACUUGAUGUUGAGUCAGAGCAGAUUGUUCAACAAGCUUUGGAUAGGUUGAUGAAAAGCCGGACAUCAGUCAUUGUGGCACACAGGUUGUCAACCAUUACAAAUGCAGACCAGAUAUGUGUUUUACAAGAUGGAAAGAUAAUAGAGAAGGGGACUCAUUCUUCACUGGUUGAGAACAUGGAUGGAGCCUAUUAUAAGCUUAUUCACUUGCAACAGCGCCAACAUGAAUGUUAGGAGCUCUUCGCGUAUUGAGACGUUUAAUUCAAUGUAUAUAUUGUUUUCCUAUUUCGAUUUGAAGUGUGUGACUUUAUUUUAGUCCUCAUAUAUUUUAUACACGAAGCUGCUUUUGUAAAAUU